UUCUUAAAUAAAUUUGAGAGAGAGAGAGAAAAAAAAAAGCGAAAAGGAAAAUCGCGAGAAACAAAAAAAGUAACAGUUGUUGUCGAUCAAAGUCGUCAUCAUUUUCUCCCCAAAUCCCUUCUUCGGAAUCCUCAAAGCGUCGUCACACGUAAGCUCUCUUUUAUCCUCCCCUUCGUCUUUGUCUAUGAAUGUUAUAAGACGAAGACGCACGGAGAACCGCCUUUUCCCGAUUUGCAAUUCGAGCGAUAUGCGUUAGGUUUUCUACAAAGACCGACCAGCCUUCUAUUCAUUUCUUGCUCGAUAGAGGUUUAGGAAGAAAGGGAUGAUUCGGUGCUGCCUUUUGAAUUGAAAACACUGCAGGUUGUUUGUAAAAAUGUGGGUGCCUAUUAGUGAUGAGAAGAGUGGAGAGGUAGCCGGAUUAACACCGGUUUAUCUCAAUGUCUAUGAUCUAACCCCUGUCAACGAUUACCUCUAUUGGUUUGGCAUCGGCAUUUUCCACUCUGGAAUUGAGGCUCAUGGUAUGGAAUACUGCUAUGGAGCUCACGAGUAUUCCUCGAGCGGGGUAUAUGAGGUUGAGCCUAAGAACUGUCCAGGGUUCAUCUUUAGACGCUCUCUUCUCUUGGGAACUACAACCAUGUCCCCUUCUGAUUUCCGCUCUUACAUGGAGAAGCUUUCAUCAAAGUAUCAUGGUGACACUUACCAUUUGAUUGCCAAGAACUGUAACCAUUUCACUGAAGAAGUUUGCUUGCAACUUACCGGAAAGCCUAUUCCAGGAUGGAUCAAUCGCCUUGCCCGAUUAGGUUCCUUCUGUAAUUGUCUUUUACCAGAAAGCAUUCAGCUCACAGCUGUUAGUGCUCCUUCUGAACGCCUUGAGUUCUCUGAUGAGGAUGAAUCAAACUCAGAGGCAUCUUCUGUGUCAGAUGAUAAUGAAGAAGGAUCAGAGCAACAUCUCAUAAACCCAGCAGACAGAGAGGUUGUGUAUCUACAAAACAAACCUGUGCGACUUACCCGAGAGUAAAGUCAUCCGGCGACUACUUCCUCCUGAAGCAAAACCAACCAAUCAUUACAACUUUCAGAGGUGUUACAUAAUAUAGCCAUGGAAACUCAAAGGUAGGUAGUGAAAUUUGUCCCCUUAUUGUUGUUGCUUGUUCUACCGGAAAAUUCAGUUUAGUAUUCUUCUCAUUCUAUGAAUGUAGAAAAACAAAACAUAUUCCAAAUUUAUAAAUAUGGGACCAACCUUUUGCAGUAAAAAUCUGAAGAUUUCUC